AUGAAGCCCUCUGCGGACGCGCUUGAGAUCAUCGCCUGCGCCAUUCUCAUCCUCGUGAGCAUCGUGGGAAACACAUGUUUAUUUUAUUCCACAAGCAAGUGCAUCACGGGGGGCCUGCAGACAUCCUUUCUUCUCCUUAUCAGCCUCGUGUUUGUCCACCUUAUCAAAAACCUGGUGGUGAAUAUCCUCAAGAUAGUUUACUCCUCAGGUAUCCUGCUGGAUUCAGUUGGCUGCAAAGUUCUCCACUUCACUGCAGCCCUGACAACUUCCCUGGCCAUCUGGUUCAUGCUUCACUUUGCACUGCUCUACCUCCGGAAGCUUUACCAAAUUGUCUAUCCCUUGAGUGGGGCUGCAAGCCUGAGCGAACAGAAGUACUCCUUGAAGGGGAUUGCUGCACUUUGGGUGGCUGGUGUGGCGGUGUAUAUCCCAGUGCUGAUAUAUACUAGAAAGCCAGAACACCACCAGCAUUCUGAAAAUGAUACAGGCUCUUUGUCUACGAACAGAAUUUACAUGGAAUGCUUGACUGGCUUUGGAAACGAGCAGGUAGAGCUUUAUUAUGGGAAAAUAUUUUUAGUUUUGAUUGAUAUUCUCCCUUUAGUUAUCUUAGUGUUUGUCUGUUUCUGGAUGGCUCUCCUUCUUUUGGAGAAGAAAAAGAUGACAUAUGGUGACAUCUGGAUUGGAGACGAUGAUUCAGAAACCGAGGUCCUUCGAGGGGCCAAAUUCAGUAUCUUGUUAAUGUUGCUGAUCACUCCGCUCUGGGUUUCUCACUUUAUCUUGGUCUAUUUCUUGAAGGACUUGGCAGCGUACACCUUUAUUCCAGCUGUUCUCACAGCCCUCUCCUCUGGCUUCUCCGCUCUGAGUCCUUUUCUGCUUAUGUUGGUUAAUUACAAAGUGAAGCUGGUGUCCUUCUGUGGCGUCAAACAGGAAAAGUCCACGCCACAGCCUGCAGAUGUCAUUCUCUCCCCAUAUGCUUAG